AUGUCCAUUGCUCAGAGCAGACGAUAUCAAAUUGGAUUACUGUCAAUACACCGGAAUAGUCCUUAUCGCUAUAUCCGAUUCUUUUCCUCCUUUUUCCUUUGCUCUCCUAAAUAUACUCGUACUUUUGAUAUUUCCAAUUUGUUUCGCGACAUUCCUGAUAUCAUUCGCCAUUAUUCUGAUAUUUCAGUGACAGCUGUCUCCAAUUUCAAAUUUCACGUCGUCAUAUACUCACAUCUGCGACUAAAAUUAAUUCCUGCGGAAUACCUGUGUUAACAAAAAGUUACCACGGAUAUAUUGAAAUAGGAAGCAAGCCUACCACCAAUUUGCAGAGACGUCCUGAAAAGCCAUACUAGUGAGAUCGAAGCUAGCUGAGGAGCGCAUCAGUCCACAGUUGACCAAAACUUCUUGUACCAUCAAAAGCAACGGUCUCAGCUUCCCCAAACGGCAAGACAAGCUUCAUAAACAUGUGUUAUAAACAAGGUUGUGUAAAUAAUAAUUUUGUUUUUAUCCGUCCA